AUGGCAGAGGCGGACAAAGCAGGAAACACACCGAGGAAAGCAACGGGACUGAACCCAGAAUCGCCGACGACUGCUCGCCCGCUGGACUUUGACGACGAGCCGCAGGAGACGGGCCUGACAUCCACCAUCACCACCAGCCGGUCGUCUUCACAGCUCAACCUGGCAGCAAACAUGCAGAGCCAGGGCCAGACGCAAACGCAUCGAGCGCCCAAUCCGCACCAGAGGGUAAUAGACGAUCUCAGGGAGGCGUUCCCUAACAUCGACGGGCCGGUGGUCAAGGCGGUGGUAGUUGCGAGCGAUGGCAACGUCGAGCGGGCAUUCAACGCAUUACUCGGAAUGUCUGAUCCGGAUGCACAGGAGGAAGUAAGGCCUGCGGUGCCCCCUCGACCAAGUGCUGGCGGGGUAGCUACAUCGACGGCGCAGAGCCAGCUGGAGGACGACGAGCGGUAUGCGCGCCAGCUGGCCGAGCACUACAGCGGCACCGACCAGGCACGGGGGUACUCGCAGCAGCAGCAGCAGUCGUCGUCGUCUAUAUGGGACCAUGGUCCUGCGUCGGGACAGAGGGGCCAGGGUCUGAAGCCGAACGAGCUCUACGACAGGGAACACAGCUUCCUCGACGAUGACCUGCCGAUUAUCAAGGAGAACAUCAGAAAGGGGUUCCUGGAGACACAGUCGCGGGUGAACACCUGGGUGGAGAACUUCAAGAAACGACUGGACGGGGACGAGUCUGACGAGGACGGGCAGUACGGCCAUGGCCAGAGACAGUACGGCCAGGGACGGCAGCAGCAGCAGCAGCAACAGUUUCACCAGCAGCAGCACUCCAACUAUCCCAACCGCCGCAGCGUCGACCGGGAGAGAUACGACGCCGACCCUCACGUCCUCGGCGACGACUUUUCCUCUCUAGAGCUACGAGACAACGAGGCCCCCCCUCCGCGGCCUCCACGCCCGCAGGCCAACCCCGACCUGUUCAAGACGACCAAGAGCGCGUCUGCCUCGCCCGACCGGCGCAAGGUAUCCUUCCAGGACGGCCCGCCAGAAGAGAUCCAGGACUCGUACUCCAGCAACGCCGCGAACACCGCCAACACUACCAGCAAUAACAGCAAUAACACCACGACCGGCAACCGCAGCACGGCCAGCAAGUCGAGCAAGUGGCAGCCCCUGUCGACCGUGGAGCCGUCUCCCGUAGCAGACAACGACCCCUUCAGCCUGGGAGACAGCGACGACGAGCGGGAGAGCAAGCCAAAGGAGGCCAAGGGCGAGGACAGCACUGCAAAGAAGUCCGAGAAGACCAGUACAUAG